AUGCAAAGUUACAGGAAGCUUGCUCAAAACACCAAAAGCAAAUCUGCAAUGAGUUCUGUAAAUGCAAGUUUUUUCCAGAAUAUCUCCAUUGUUCAUCCUGAGUACUUUUUCAUCAUUGGACUUUCGGGUAUACAGCAAAGUGGUUAUUACUAUAUAUUCUUAUUUGUCACAUAUUUUAUAUCUAUAAUUGGGAACUCUGUAGUCCUUCUCAUUAUAGCUCUUGAGCGGACUCUGCACAGUCCAAAGUACAUUGGUGUGUUUAACUUGGCCUUGGCUGAUAUUGGUGAAACUAGUGCGCUGAUUCCUAACAUGAUGAAGAAUUUUCUGUUUGACUCCCAGUACAUCUCCUAUAAUGGUUGUAUGGCCAAUAUGUUUUUUGUGUUCCUCUUUAGUUCCAUACAAAGUUUCACUCUUGUUGUUAUGGCAUAUGAUCGCUUUGUUGCAAUUUGUUUGCCUUUAAGAUAUCAUGCUAUUGUGAAUAAUACCAGUAUGAUUUUAAUGACUUUAGCAAUUUGGGCAUUUAAUUCUUUUGUGGUGGCCUUGAUGGUGUCUUUAAUCAACCGACUUUCUUUCUGUGAAUCCAAUUUGAUACAGAGUUAUUUUUGUGAUCAUGGGCCAGUUUUUAGGUUGGCUUGUAAUGACAAUAGCAUGAAUAAAAUUAUGGCAUAUGUCAUUUCAGUUCUGUACAUUAUAGCACCAAUGGUCGUUAUUGUAUUUUCAUAUCUGGGCAUUUUUCUUGCUUUAAUCAAAAUCACAACUUGGGAAGGACGUUUAAAAGCACUGAAGACCUGUGUGUCUCACCUGUUGCUAGUAGGAAUAUUUUUCCUCCCUAUAUGCUGCACAUACAUUGCACAAGUCUUGCUUUAUCUCACCCCUAAUGCCAGGAUCAUCAGCACAUCUUUUUCAUAUGCUGUUCCUCCAGUGCUAAACCCUAUUAUUUAUGUUUUAAACACGGCAGAAAUCAAAGACAUAAUAAAAAAAAUGGUUAAAAAUAGACCAAUCAGAGAGAACAUUUCCAAAUGA